AUGUCACACCUCACAUAUUACAACUACGAAGGCGUGGGCAAAACCAACAACACAGAAUACUCCUACUCCCAAGCCGUACGCGUUGGAAACACCAUCAAGUGCUCUGGUCAAGGUGGCUGGGACGACCAAGGCAACAUCGAUAAGGAAGACCUGAAGGGUCAGAUCGAUCUCGCCUUCAAGAAUGUCGAGAAGAACCUCAAGGAUGCAGGCGCAAGAGGUUGGGCCGAUGUCCACUCGGUCAGAAGUUACCACAUUUCACUCUCUAGUUCUUUCGACUUGAUGGUAGAGUCGUUUCGAAAGUGGAUGCCUGAUCAUCAGCCUACGUGGACCUGUGUAGGCGUCACCGAGUUGGGAAUUCCUGGUAUGAUUGUUGAGAUUGAGGUGGAGGCCAACAUUGCAUAA